GCGCGGAGACGUGAGAGGGAACUCCCGGGGGCUCCCGGAGCCCACGAACAGCAGAGGUGCCAUGGGCCGGAUCACAGAAGAUCUUAUCAGACGGAAUGCCGAGCACAAUGACUGUGUGAUCUUCUCCCUGGAGGAGCUCUCUUUGCAUCAGCAAGAGAUAGAAAGGCUAGAACAUAUUGACAAAUGGUGUCGGGAUUUGAAAAUCCUCUACCUUCAGAACAAUCUCAUCGGGAAGAUCGAAAAUGUUAGCAAGCUCAAGAAACUUGAAUAUUUGAAUUUAGCUUUAAACAACAUUGAAAAAAUUGAAAAUCUGGAAGGCUGCGAGGAACUGGCAAAACUUGACUUGACUGUCAAUUUCAUUGGAGAGCUGAGCAGCGUUAAAGCCCUACAGCACAAUAUCCACCUGAAGGAGCUCUUCCUCAUGGGGAACCCCUGUGCCGACUUUGAUGGCUACCGGCAGUUCGUGGUGGCAACUCUUCAGCAAUUAAAGUGGCUGGAUGGUAAAGAAAUAGAACGUUCCGAAAGGAUUCAGGCAUUACAGAAUUUUCCAGUAAUUGAACGACAAAUCAGAGAGCAGGAGAGAGCUUACUGCCUCUUACGAGCCAAAGACAAGCAAGAGGCUCAGAGGAAGCUUCAAGAAGAGCAUGAGAACAAAGGGAAGGAAAGUCGCCCAGGCCUUGACGGACGCUCGGACACUGACGUCAGUGCUUCUCCCCCGACUUCUGCAGAGAGCAAAGACCCGCUGCAGGCUCCAGGAACACAGGAAAGGGACCAAAACCCAAAGAAGUUAGAUGACAGUGAAGAUGACCUGGAAUUCUGGAAUAAACCCUCCUUGUUUACUCCUGAGUCUAGAUUGGAAACUCUUAGACAUAUCGAAAAACAACGAAAAGACCAAGAAAAAUUAAGUGAAAAGAAGAAGAAAGUGAAAGCACCCAGGACUUUGAUCACGGAAGACGGGAGGGCCCUGAACGUAAACGAACCCAAACUUGACUUCUCUUUGAAAGAUGAUGAAAAACGUAACCAGAUCAUCCUGGACCUGGCUGUGUAUAGGUUUAUGGAUACCUCUUUAAUCAAUGUUGAUGUGCAGCCAACUUACGUGCGAGUCACGGUCAAAGGAAAGCCCUUUCAGCUCGUCCUUCCGGCAGAAGUCAAACCUGACAGCAGCUUUGCUAAAAGGUCCCAGACAACAGGGCAUCUGGUAGUCUGCAUGCCCAAGGUAGGAGAAGUCAUCGCGGGUGGCCAGCGAACAUCCAAGUCUAAGAAAAGUGCCUCGGACAGCGGCCGAGAGCAAACGAACAAAAGAAGCAAGCAAAGUGAGAAACUGGAAGUGGACCCUAGCAAGCACUCCUUCCCCGAUGUGGCUAACAUAGUUCAAGGGGAGAGACACAAACCCAGGAGAGUCCAAGCUGAACCUGCAGUUACACCAAACGAGGAAGACCCGGACUUCGAAGAUAACCCUGAAGUGCCUCCAUUGAUGUGA